GGGGGCGCCGCGGGGCAGCGGGGUUGCACCUGGCGCUUGGCGCCCGCACCUCUGCCCGCCUCGGAGACCCCGCAGCCCCGCGCCGCCGCCUGGACCCGGCCCCGGCCCCGGCCCCGGCCCCUCCGCGGGAUCCUGGCCCCUCCUCGAGCGCCGCCACGGGCCGCCAUGGCCUCUCUGGGGGACCUGGUGCGCGCCUGGCACCUGGGCGCGCAGGCUGUGGAUCGCGGGGACUGGGCCCGCGCCUUGCACCUCUUCUCGGGCGUCCCGGCGCCGCCCGCCAGGUUGUGCUUCAACGCGGGCUGCGUGCACCUGCUGGCCGGGGACGCCGAGGCCGCGCUGCGGGCAUUUGACCAAGCCGUGACCAAGGACACCUGCAUGGCGGUUGGCUUCUUCCAGCGAGGAGUGGCCAACUUCCAGCUGGCAAGGUUCCAGGAGGCUCUGUCUGACUUCUGGCUGGCCCUGGAGCAGCUGAGGGGCCACGCUGCCAUCGACUACACGCAGCUGGGCCUGCGGUUCAAGCUGCAAGCCUGGGAGGUGCUACACAAUGUGGCGUCGGCACAGUGCCAGCUGGGGCUCUGGACAGAGGCGGCCAGCAGCCUAAGGGAGGCCAUGUCCAAGUGGCCGGAGGGGUCCCUGAAUGGCCUGGACUCAGCCCUGGACCAAGUGCAGAGACGGGGCUCACUGCCGCCACGGCAGGUCCCCAGGGGCGAGGUCUUCCGGCCCCACCGGUGGCACCUGAAGCACCUGGAGCCCGUGGAUUUCCUGGGCAAGGCCAAGGUGGUGGCCUCUGCCAUCCCCGACGACCAGGGCUGGGGCGUCCGCCCUCAGCAGCCACAGGGACCAGGAGCGAACCAUGAUGCCAGGUCCCUAAUCAUGGACUCCCCAAGAGCUGGCACCCACCAGGGCCCCCUAGAUGCAGAGACAGAGGUCGGUGCUGACCGCUGCACGUCGACUGCCUACCAGGAGCAGAGGCCCCAGGUGGAGCAAGUUGGCAAACAGGCUCCUCUCUCCCCAGGGCUGCUGGCAAUGGGGGGGCCUGGCCCCGGCCCCUGUGAGGACCCCGCGGGUGCUGGGGGAGCAGGUGCAGGGGGCUCCGAGCCCCUGGUGACUGUCACCGUGCAGUGCGCCUUCACGGUGGCCCUGAGGGCACGAAGAGGAGCCGACCUGUCCAGCCUGCGGGCACUGCUGGGCCAAGCCCUCCCUCACCAGGCCCAGCUUGGGCAACUCAGUUACCUAGCCCCAGGUGAGGAUGGGCACUGGGUCCCCAUCCCCGAGGAGGAGUUGCUGCAGAGGGCCUGGCAGGACGCAGCUGCCUGCCCCAGGGGGCUGCAGCUGCAGUGCAGGGGAGCCGGGGGUCGGCCGGUCCUCUACCAGGUGGUGGCCCAGCACAGCUACUCCGCCCAGGGGCCAGAGGACCUGGGCUUCCGACAGGGGGACACGGUGGACGUCCUGUGUGAAGAGCCCGAUGUCCCCCUUGCAGUGGACCAGGCAUGGCUGGAGGGCCACUGUGACGGCCGCAUCGGCAUCUUCCCCAAGUGCUUCGUGGUCCCUGCCGGCCCUCGGAUGUCAGGAGCCCCCGGCCGCCUGCCCCGAUCCCAGCAGGGAGAUCAGCCCUAACGAUGCUGUGUCCAUGAUGCUUUUAAUAAAAACAACCCCCACUGCA